CGUAAUGAAGUUAACGUAUCUACUACUGGUCACUCUAUUCCUAGUAGGAAUGGUUGCUGCCAAAAGAGGAAAACGAGAUGUUCACAUUUGGAUACGACCAAAGCACGAUCCUCCAGGAACAAGAUACUGUUCGCCGGACAGUCCCAUGUGUCGCAGAGAAAAUUAAUUAAAUAUACAAACGAUUUUGCAUUAGCUUAAAGAAAAACAAAUACAUUGGCAUCGUUAUGUUUCAAUCUGGAAUUAA